AGUGUGACGAUAUAUCCUCGAAUUCAAAGGAAAUGUCUAGUAAGAGCUCCCUAGGUAACAAUACAUCUGUUUUAAAGCAGUUCGACCUGGAUCAAAUAUGGGGAGAUCUACAUGCUGGCAUCCAGCAAGUAUACAAUCGAGAAACGAUGCAUAAAUCACGUUACAUACAGCUCUAUACACACGUUUAUAAUUAUUGCACUUCCGUUCAUCAACAGAACAAUGGACGAGCUUCGGCAAAUGCAAACCCAAAGGGUAAAAAGAAUCAGAUCGGAGGAGGUGCCCAGCUAGUUGGAUUAGAACUUUAUAAGAGACUGAGAGACUUUCUUAGGAACUAUCUUGUUACUUUACUCAGUGAUGGACUACAUCGCAUGGACGAAGACGUUCUCAAAUUUUAUACAAAUCAAUGGGAGGAUUAUCAGUUUUGUAGUAAAGUGCUCGAUGGUGUAUGUGCAUAUCUUAAUAGACAUUGGGUGAAAAGGGAAUGUGAGGAAGGUAGGAAAGGUAUAUAUGAAAUAUAUCAACUCGCACUGGUUACAUGGAGGGAUCAUCUCUUCAAACAAUUAAAUAAGGCAGUUACCAACGCAGUUCUAAAACUGAUAGAAAAAGAAAGGAACGGCGAAACAAUUAACACGCGUUUAGUAUCUGGUGUAAUAAACUGUUACGUAGAACUAGGUUUAAAUGAAGAAGAACCAGGAGCGAAAGGGCCUAACUUAAGUGUUUACAAGGACAGUUUUGAAAACGUUUUUCUAGAAGAUACCGAACGAUUUUACAUGAGGGAGAGCACUUCGUUCUUGUCCGAAAAUCCGGUUACUGAAUAUAUGAAAAGGGCGGAGCAAAGGCUUGCAGAAGAACAAAAACGUGUCCAGAACUACCUCCAUAUAACAACAAGUGAACGAUUAGCAGGAACUUGUGAACGUGUUCUUAUUCAGAAACAUUUGGAACUGUUCCAUUCGGAAUUCCAGCAACUUUUAGACGAUGACAAAGACGCCGAUCUAGGUAGGAUGUACAGCUUAGUUGCUAGGAUUCCAGACGGUCUCGGUGAGCUGAAAACGUUACUGGAACAACACAUAGCUGCACAAGGUUUAGCUGCAAUCGAGAAGUGUGGAGAAAGUGCAGUUAAUGAUCCUAAGGUUUACGUCAAUACGAUAUUAGAAGUGCACAAGAAAUAUAAUGCUCUAGUUUUAGUGGCGUUUAGUAAUGACAGUGGCUUCGUUGCUGCCCUAGACAAGGCUUGCGGCAGAUUCAUUAAUGCCAACGCUGUCACUAAACAAGCUAAUUCAAGCAGUAGGUCUCCGGAACUACUUGCAAAAUACUGUGAUCUUUUAUUGAAAAAAUCAAAUAAAAACGCUGAAGAGGCUGAGCUCGAAGAUACUUUAAAUCAAGUGAUGGUAGUAUUCAAAUAUAUAGAAGAUAAGGACGUCUUUCAAAAAUUCUAUAGUAAAAUGUUGGCCAAAAGGUUAGUGCAGCAUAUGUCGGCUAGUGACGAUGCUGAAGCUUCGAUGAUCUCAAAAUUAAAACAAGCUUGCGGGUUUGAAUAUACGUCUAAACUUCAAAGGAUGUUCCAAGACAUUGGAGUCUCAAAGGAUUUAAAUGAACAAUUUAGAACUCACUUACUCAAGUCAAAUGAAUCUUUAGGAAUCGAUUUUACUAUUCAAGUAUUAUCUUCGGGCUCUUGGCCAUUUCAACAAUCAUUUACAUUUGGUUUACCCUCCGAGUUGGAACGAAGCGUACAUAGGUUUACAAAUUUUUACUCAGGUCAGCAUUCAGGGAGAAAACUAAAUUGGCUGUAUAAUAUGUCUAAAGGAGAGCUCAAUACAAAUUGUUUUAAAAAUAGGUAUACACUACAAGCCAGCACUUUUCAAAUGGCAGUAUUACUGCAAUACAACGUAGCCGACUCGUGGACAAUAGCUCAACUAGAAGAAAAUACACAAAUUAAAAACGACUUUCUUAUACAAGUUGUACAAAUACUACUUAAGGCUAAGCUACUCAAUUGUGAUGACGACGAAAAUGAACUCGGUUUAAAUUCGAUGGUUUGUUUAAAUUUAGGAUUUAAAAAUAAGAAACUUCGAGUAAACAUAAAUAUUCCUAUGAAAACAGAAUUGAAAUUGGAGCAGGAAACGACCCACAAACACAUAGAAGAGGAUAGAAAAUUGUUGAUACAAGCCGCAAUAGUUAGAAUUAUGAAAACGAGAAAGGUGUUGAAACAUCAACAAUUGGUAGCAGAAGUUUUGAAUCAGCUAUCCUCGAGGUUUAAACCAAGAGUUCAUAUUAUUAAGAAAUGUAUAGAUAUUCUAAUCGAAAAGGAAUAUUUGGAAAGAACUGAUGGCCAGAAAGACACAUACAGUUAUCUUGCAUGA